GUCAAUUACUUUGUAUUUGCUGUAAGUUAUUUAAUAACUGUUUUGGAAGAGCUGUAGGUUGCAGAGUCAUGUGUAUUUGUUUGAGCGUGGUCUGACUGCAUUUCUCUCCUGAUUUUCUGAGCUCAAAGCAGAAGUAAUGCGGCGCUGGUACAUUGCAGCUGUUCUUCUGUGGGCUGUCACAGAGGGAAAAGUUGUCCCUUCCCCUCCAGAUUUUGGAAACAGCUAUCAUGUCAAAGGAAUGAUCUCUCUGCCCUACGCUGAGAUCAAGGAGCCAUUUGAGGCCUGGUUAGACCUCACAGCACAGUCAAGCCGGAUAGACUACUACCAUGGCCAAGUGUCGACAUACCAGCUUGGGGCAGAGCAGCAGUGGGGCGUUGCCUAUAAAAUCACGCCUGAGACCACAGAGCUGGAACAGAACGUGAUGAAGUGCUUUCAGAUCAACGGAACAAAGAAUGAAACAGUCACACCGCAGACAUCGCUGCCUGAUGUGCAAGGCUUCCAGUUCCUGAGGAUGGAGUACUAUGGAGGUUCCCUGUGUGAAGUCUGGCAGAAUGUGACGACUGUUGGGUACAAGAAGAACACGUACACACUGUGGGUGACCCAUUCUGAGAAAGGUGUGGGUGGCAAAGAGCCCGUCACACCCCUCCACUAUGAGAUGAUGGGAUACAACACACUGCUGGGGUCCCACUAUGACAAAUACUUGGUGGACUACAAAGAGUUCAGCACUCAUGUGGACCCUAAAGUCUUCUCCCUGCCGGAAGGGAUGAGCUGUGGGGGAUUUCCUGGUCCAGGAGUGGAGCAUCACAUGUUGGCCAAUCCAAUGAAAGAUCUCAUCCACACGUCAGCUUCAGGCCACUCACAGCGCAUGUUCAGCCAUUUCAAGGAGAAGUUUCAGCGUCAGUACAGCGAUGAAAGAGAACAUGAGAAGAGGGAGCACGCUUUUGUUCAUAACCUCCGGUAUGUCCACUCCAAGAACAGAGCAGGGCUGCCUUUCUCUCUGGCUCUGAACUCUCUGUCAGAUCGCACCACGUCAGAGCUAGCCACAAUGAGGGGAAGGAGACGAGGAAAGACUCCAAACAGAGGGCUUCUCUUCCCCUCCAAGAUUUAUGAAGGGGUGAAAGUACCCGAUUUACUUGACUGGAGGCUUUACGGGGCUGUGACUCCAGUGAAGGACCAAGCCAUCUGUGGCUCCUGCUGGAGCUUUGCCACCACUGGAGCAGUAGAGGGCGCUCUCUUCCUAAAGACGGGCUCCCUGCAGGUGUUGUCUCAGCAGAUGCUGGUGGACUGUUCCUGGGGUUUUGGCAAUAACGGCUGUGACGGCGGGGAAGAGUGGAGAGCGUACGAGUGGAUCAUGAAACAUGGAGGCAUCGCCACAACAGAAACCUACGGAGCCUAUAUGGGAAUGAAUGGAUUUUGCCACGUGAACUCGUCCCAGCUUACCGCACAUAUCCAGAGCUACACCAAUGUCACAUCAGGAGAUGCAGAGGCCCUUAAGCUGGCGCUCUAUAAAAACGGGCCUGUGGCUGUUAGUAUUGAUGCAUCGCAUCGAUCAUUUGUUUUCUACAGCCAUGGCGUCUACUACGAACCUGCCUGUGGUAACACCACUGAUGAUUUGGACCACGCUGUGCUUGCAGUGGGUUAUGGGACCCUGGACGGUGAGCCUUACUGGUUAAUAAAGAACUCAUGGUCCACCUACUGGGGCAAUGACGGCUACAUUCUCAUGUCUAUGAAGGACAACAACUGUGGCGUCACCACUGACGCUACAUAUGUAACACUGGCAUAGAUGUUCUCGUGUCCUCUCUCUGUAUAAAUCUCUCUGUAAAAGCCACUAUGUGAGUGCCUGAGGAUGAACAACACCUAAUUU